GUACCUGGGAGUAGUGACGAUCCUGGUUCAUUUAACUACCGAGGUGAAGAACCGCUUAGUGAGCCCGCAAGUAAAGCCAUGUCAUUUGCAAUCAACAAAUAUUGCAAGAAAAUUAUACUGUACAUAAGUUUGCAUUGUUACGGCAACGCCAUCUUGUAUCCAUGGUCAUUUACCAAAGCACCAAUACCCGAUUGUCAAGAUUUGUUUGAGUGUGCAAUGCAUGGCAGAAACGCAAUUUGUAAACAUUCCGAAGGAAAACGUAAAAUGCGAGUUGGAAACGCCGCAAAAAUUAUGAAUCUAGCAGCUGGCACCAGCACAGAUUACGCCCGUUAUGUCCACGGCAUAAAAUUCUCCUACAUUUUCGAAUUGCAAGGUUAUGGCACUUCCGGUUUUACUCCGCACAAGAAACACAUCCCUUCAAUUGGUUUUGAAACAACAAUGGCGAUAUUUGCAAUGGCGCGUCACGCUCAAGUGUAUUACCAACGUAGAAGAUGUAAGAAAGUAACUGCGGAUAUAAUAAUUGAUGAAAACGACGGCGACGAUGAAAAUGACGAUUGUAAACCGUGCCCAAAGAAGAAAAAAAAAACAUGUUCGUCAUGUCCACCGUCUUCAAAGGAAGCAGUGGAAUAAAGUGAUGUUUGUGCAAUAAAUUAUUAUUUAUACAUAA